AUGUUCCCGCGCUCCGUCAGCACGACGGUUUGGUUAAUCUCCUCCAGGCGUAUCACCGUCAGUGUCAUCCGCCCGGAGCAGGCCGACUCCGACAUCAUCAACCUCGAGGUCGGCGGGGACAUGACCGUCGCGCUGCUCAAGGCCAUCGUCGAAAGCGAUACCGGUAUCCCGCCCGCCGCCCAGCAGAUCGUCUACAAUAACCAGCUCCUCGGCAACCCCGAACAGACCCUCGACCAGGUGGGCAUCACGGAGGGUGACAUGCUCGGCGUCCAUGUCACCCUCCGUGGUCCCACGCCCGCCGCCGCACCCAGCGCCAGCGCGGGGGGCUCCAGCGCCGCCCCGCGUCAGAACCUCCCUCCCCGUUCCGGCGUGCCAGACCCGGAGACCAUCCGUCUACACAUCCUGGGGGAUCCACGCGUGCGGGAGGCCGUCCGCAGACAGAAUCCGGAGUUGGCGGAGGCGGCCGAUAACGCUCAGCGGUUCCGCGAGGUGCUGGUCAGGCAGCAGCAGCGGGAAGCCCAACUCGAUGCCGAAAAGGAGGCUCGCAUUGCCAUGCUAAAUGCCGAUCCGUUCAACCCGGAGAAUCAACGCGAGAUCGAGGAGCUCAUCCGUCAGGAAGCGGUGACGGAGAACCUGCACAACGCCAUGGAACACCACCCGGAGUCCUUUGGCCGCGUGACGAUGCUCUACAUUCCGGUCGAAGUCAACGGCCACCGCCUCAAUGCCUUUGUCGAUUCCGGUGCCCAAGUGACCAUCAUGUCGCCGGAGUGCGCCGUCGCCUGCAACAUCAUGCGUCUGGUGGACCGACGGUACGGAGGCAUUGCCAAAGGCGUCGGCACGGCCCCGAUCCUGGGGCGGGUACAUUCCGCCCAGAUCAAGAUCGGCGAGAUGUUUCUGCCUUGUUCGUUCACGGUCAUGGAGGGAAAACAAAUCGACUUGCUCCUCGGUCUCGAUAUGCUCCGGCGGCACCAGGCGUGCAUCGACCUGAAGCGCGGGGCGCUAGUCAUCCAGGAUCAGGCGGUGCCGUUCCUCGGGGAGGCUGAUCUUCCCAAAAGUCUGACCGAGGAGUUUGAGGAUGAGCCCACGGUGAAGGGGGCAGACGGUGCCGAGGUGGGCGCACGCACGGGGGCCGUUACCCACCAAGCGGGCGAGAACGAAUCCUCGUCCUCGGCCGCGGCCCCCAAGAUUAACAUCCGGCCCGCGCCGGCAUCCCGCUGGCCCGCGGACUCGAUCGCCAAGAUUACGGAGCUGGGCUUCACGCGCGAGCAGGCUGUGCGGGCAUUGGAUGCGGCCAAUGGGGACUUGGAUGGUGCCAUUGGAUUUUUGAUCUAG